UUACGCACGCGGCGUUUCUGCGUAAUGGAUGCAUCCUUGAAGCGCGAGCGCAUUGACUGGAGUUCUGCACACAAGUGACGAUGAUGAUGAUGAAGGCACAGCUACGUGGCUGACCCGACCUGUGCCGAUAGCCUAUAUAAACCCCAUCCAGCAAGAGAAAGUCAACAAAACCCCUCCAGAUUCAGGACCGUCAAACACGCUCAACAAGUACAAGGAACGCGCGCGCCUGGAUUAUGAAGCUCAUAGAGAACAAGCACUAAAUAUCACAGAAUAGCCUUGUCUUUACGAUGCACGCAGACUUUCUCCAGAUGUAGUCUCGGUUUGGUUCAUCUGACUCGUUUGGAGCGAUGGAGUCGUUUGGUGCGGCGGUGAACGGCGUCUCUUACACCGAGGAUCCGUUCUCGGGACCGCUUACAUUCAUCGCACCCUGGAACUAUAAGGUCCUUGCGGCGCUGAUGUUCGUGGUGACCUCGGUGUCUCUGUGCGAGAACUUCACGGUGAUGCUGGUCACCUUCAGGUUCAAACAGCUCCGACAGCCGCUCAAUUAUAUCAUCGUCAAUUUAUCUGUAGCGGACUUUCUCGUGUCGCUGACUGGAGGAACGAUCAGUUUUCUGACCAACUUCCACGGCUAUUUCUUCUUGGGCAAAUGGGCUUGUGUUUUGGAAGGUUUCGCAGUCACCUUUUUUGGCAUCGUGGCUCUGUGGUCUCUGGCCGUCCUGGCGUUCGAGCGGUUCUUCGUCAUCUGUCGGCCGCUGGGGAACAUCCGUCUGCGAGGAAAACACGCGGCUCUGGGUCUGCUGUUUGUCUGGACCUUCUCCUUCAUCUGGACCAUUCCUCCUGUCCUGGGCUGGAGCAGCUACACCGUCAGCAAGAUCGGCACCACCUGCGAACCCAACUGGUACCCGCGGCUGGCAGCCGUUCCGGCGUUCUUCUCCAAAACCGCGGCGGUUUACAACCCCAUCAUCUACGUGUUCAUGAACAAACAGUUCAGGAAGUGUCUGGUUCAGCUCUUGAGCUGCAGUGACGUCACCGUCAUCGAGGGGAACAUCAACCAGACCACCGAGCGCGCAGGCAUGACCAACGAGAGCAACACAGGAGAGAUGUCCGCCAUCGCCGCACGCAUCCCCGCGGCUGGAAGCAUCCCACCUAAAACAGAAGAGCAUCCCAAUGAACGCAGCUCCUUCACCCAAAUUCCCAUUCCUGAGAACAAAGUAUGUCCGAUGUGAAGACACGCCAACAUCUCUGUUUGUCGCUCGUGUUCUCGGGCUGACAAUCUAAAUGAUGUUCAUCCAGCAUUAAAUUCUGCAGCUCGUGCACGACAGACAGACGAUGUUACAAUUACAGAAAAACACUGAAACAUGCAGUGUUGGGGACGGAACUAUAACACCGCUAACUUUCUCUUGAAAAGCAGUUCACUACAAAAACACAAUAGAAGGCUUAGAUAUCUUUUAAAAUCUAUUUUUUGUUUAUUUUAAAGCAACAGGUUUGUUUAGCAACAGUUUCACGAAUAUGGAUGCAAACAGUUUAAACUGAUGAAUUUGCAAUACAAUUAUUAAUUUGCUACAGUUUAAAUGGUAAUAC